AUGGUUGCACGAUACAACUUGAAACUCUCACCUCGGUUUUAUGGGCCCUUCCAAGUGGUACAACAUCUGGGAAAGGUGGCUUACCAUCUUAACUUGGCAGCCACUGCGCAGAUCCACCAUGUGUUCCAUGUUUCUUGUCUCAAAAAGAAACUUGGGGCACAGAUCAGGCCCAUUCCCUCACUCCCACUAGUCAACAUCGACGGCGAGAUCCAGCCUAAACCAGAAGCCGUGUUGGACCGGCGUAUGAGGAAGCUGGGCCACCGAGCAAUCACAGAGGUUUUGAUCAAAUGGGUCGGUGCCCCUUUGGAGGAUAGGUGCUGGGAACUCUUGGGGAAGAUGCAAGAACUCUACCCACACCUUGUGGGCAAGAUUCUUUAA